CAGUUCCCUUGAGGGAGUGGGUCUUUCCUUGGGACAGUAGUGACAGGACUCUUGCUGGCGGCAGGGUCUAGGGCAGAACAAAUCUGAUAAGACUUUACUGACAACAUUGUUGACAUAUGAAUUUGCCUCAAAGGUACUUGGAAAGGAAGAGAUCUUGGCAGGGCAGUGCUGGGAGGUAGAACUUUUUCCUGCUUGGUAUGUCUAGGAACUGAGGCAAUUAAUUGUAAGGUUUCCUGCUCUGCCCAAUAUCACAGGAUCACAUACCUGCAGAGACUGGCGAGAGUCAAUGUCCAAAGGAUUUGUGUUUCUCACCUUUGUGCACAGGUCAAGUCCUGUAGCAGGGCUGGCCAGCCUGAGUGGCAUGAAGAAAAGGGUGAGCUUGCAGGGUAGAACCUAGGCCUAAGUUACUCUCUGCUUUGAGAGCUUACUGGGUGGGUCAUCUCAUAUUCAGACAGUCCCCAGAAUGAGAACUUAGAAUGGAGUUUGUAUCAAUGGGUGAGCAAAUAAAUGAAUAACUGGACAUAUGGGGUGCUCAGGAGGCCCCAUGUGGAAGGAAGCAAGGCCAGCUAGGACUUGAGCUAUUGAUCUAUAUUGCCCUAGCCCUGACACUGGUAUCCUCUUUGUCUUUGAGUUAGGCAUUGACACCCUCCAGGUCUUGCAGCCUUUUAUUUAUUUAUUUAUUUAUUUAUUUAUUUAUUUAUUUAUUUAUUUAUUUAUUUUUGUUUUGAAACAGGGUCGUUGUGUGUAGCGCUUGCUGUCCUAAACCUUACUAUAUAGACCAGGCUGGCCUAGAACUCAACAGAGAUCUACUUGCCUCUGCCUGGGAGAGUUGAGAUUAGAGGUGUGUGCUACCAUGCCCGGCUCUGGUCUUGUUGCAAGAACUCACUCUUUGGUUCUUUGGCCCUGGCUCCCUCUCUUGGCCAGAGUUUCUGUCUAGUUUUUGAUGCGCCCCAGUUACUGGCCAUUUAAGUGUAUGGUGAACCUGGAGCUUGAGGACAGGGCUCAAAGUCUACACUUAAAACUUCUGAGAAGCUAUAUGCCCUCUGCCCCACCUCGGUGACCACUGCUUUCGUUACCUGCUGAGUCUGGUCCUCUCUACUCCCUUGAGGCAGUCUGCCCCCUCCCACCUUGGCCAACACUGCAGUAUGAGGCAAUCAUUCCAUCCUUGACCCUCCCGCACAAUGACUGAUGACUGUUUUAUCUCAAGUGAUGAUGCACAGCCUUCCGCUGGAAGCAUUUAAGGCAGAGAGCGCUUGGUUUGAGCCACAGCUGCAGGACUCAGGACCUUGAAAGGCUCAGGAAGAGCAAUCCUUGAGAGCGGCAGCCACCUCAGCACUGCCACAUCUGCCAAGAAAACAUGUUACUAGCGACAUUCAAGCUGUGUGCUGGAAGCUCCUAUAGACAUAUGCGGAAUAUGCGAGGACUGAGACACCAAGCUGUGCUGGCCAUUGGCCAAGAGCUGAACUGGAGAGCGCUGGGGGAUCCCAGUCCUGGGUGGAUGGGUCAGGGUCAGCGUCGGAGCUCUCUGCUUGGUUCUCAACUGGAAGCAACACUUUAUAGUGACCAGGAGCUGUCCUACAUCCAGCAGGGAGAAGUGGCUAUGCAGAAGGCCUUGGGAAUACUCAACAACCAAGAAGGCUGGAAGAAGGAAAGCCAGCAGGAAAAUGGGGAUGAAGUGCAAAGUAAGAUGGUGCCGGAUGUGGGCAAGGUGUUUCGCUUGGAGGUGGUAGUGGACCAGCCUAUGGACAGACUCUAUGAGGAGCUUGUAGACCGCAUGGAGGCCAUGGGAGAGUGGAACCCAAAUGUCAAGGAGAUCAAGGUCCUGCAGAAGAUUGGGAAAGACACGGUUAUCACCCAUGAGCUGGCCGCAGCAGCAGCAGGCAACCUGGUGGGGCCCCGCGACUUCGUGAGCGUGCGCUGUACCAAGCGCAGAGGCUCCACCUGUGUGCUGGCAGGCAUGGCCACGAAUUUUGGAGAGAUGCCCGAGCAAAGCGGCGUCAUCAGAGCUGAACAUGGUCCUACCUGCAUGGUGCUUCACCCACUGGCUGGAAGUCCCUCAAAGACUAAACUCACUUGGCUGCUCAGUAUUGACCUGAAGGGGUGGCUGCCGAAGACCAUCAUCAACCAGGUCUUAUCGCAGACCCAGAUAGAGUUCGCCAACCACCUGCGCAAGCGCCUGGAGUCCAGCCCUGCCUCUGAGGCCCAGCGUUAAGGACUCCCACCACAUCGACCUGCAUGCCACUGGAAGCUCUCACAGGAAGCCUGCAAGUCUGUCCAUCUUCAGUUAACGACAAUGGGAGGGGUCAUAAGACACUAGGACUGACUGGUAAAACUAUCAGAAAAAUAGAAAUGAGGCUUAGAAUAACAGUCCUCUAGUGUCUCCCACUGACUAGCUGUGAAGUGAAGGCUAAGGGAUAGGUAUCUAUGAAACCUUUUUUCUAGGCCUGUACAUGCUGACCUUAAAAUCCCUACUAAAAAAAACAUCAGCAGCUGAUGUGACCAGGGAACUGUUGUCUUACAAGCUCCAAACGCCACUCCCUGAAGGCAAUGUGUGCACAGAGCAAGGUCUUACGUAGGAAAUUCUGUGGCCUUCUCUGCUCCUCUGUAAAAGGCCAGAACUUGAAACGACCCACAAAGGGCCCCUCCAGAGUAUUCCAACUUUUCUCUAAGGAGAAAUUAAAUAAUCAUCCUGCCAGCUUCUCUACUUAUCCCAUGACAAUAAAGAAUCAUACAUGCACAUUUCAGCCUGUACAUGUCAAGUCCCAGUCUAAGAUAUCGGUGCUGGGAUGACAGCUUCAUCAGAGUUCUGGGUUUAAAUCUCCUAGUUCAUUAAAGGGAACAAAACUUCUGGAGAUUUAUGUCAUUUGACUGUUUAGAGUAAUUUCAUAACAAACACAAUUCUAAAUUGGUUCUUACAGAUCUCCAGCUAAAAACCAAUGUGAUGGCACAUGCCUUUAAUUCCAGCACUCCCUGUGCAGAGGCAGGUGAAUCUUUCUAAUACUGAGGCCAACCUGGGUCUACACAGAAGGAUAGCCAGAGCUGCAUAAUGAGACUAUCUCAAAAAUACAAAACACAGGGAUUGAAAAGAUGGCCAAACUCUUGGGAGUACCUGCUGCUCUUCUAAGAAAAUCCAGGUUCAAUUCCCAGCAUCCACAUGGCAGCUCACAACUACAAUUCUAGUCCAGAGGAACCUGAUGCCCACUUGUGGCCUUGGUGGGCACAAGGCAUGCAAGUGGUACACAGACACACAAAACAUGUAGGCUGAAGAACACCCAUAAACAUUAAAAACAAAACCCUAGUCGAGCACAGUGGCUCAACAGUUUUAAUCUCAACAGUUCACCAAAUGAUGACACAGGUGAACUGCCAAGUUCCAGGCUAGCUUGGACCAUAGUGAGACCAUCUCACAACAAAACAAACUCUGCAGAGCUGGAAGUUAAGACUAAGAGCAUUUUGGCAGGAAGAUUAUGACAGGAUUUUCAUUUACCUAAUACUGAAUAAUACUGACCAGUAAUGCUAAGGUAAAGUUAGGACUAUGUCUACUGCUUCUGAGGUUAGUAAUAGACAGAUUGGAUGUCAGCUUGGCUCGGAGCUAGCACCUUCCUUGGUUGAAAAGGUUAAAGUAUUAUAUUGACUUUUAGGGAGACAAACUGAAGUCAGAAGAGCUGUAACAUUCCAGUUCCAGAGACAGUACACUUUAAAGUUUGAAGUCAGCCUAGUCUACAGAGUAAGUUCCAGGAAAGUCAGGGCUGUUACAUAGAAAACUCUGUCUCAAAAAAAAAAAAAUUAAGUUGUGACUAGCAAAAUCAGUGUGUAAUAGCGUUUGCCACCAAGGCUGAUGACUCCAGGAAGUCAUAGAGACGGAAGGAGGGAAGUGAAAAACUGACUCCACAGAAGUCCUGAUGGCUGCUUAUCUAUACUAAGUAUCUUACACACAUAAAUACUAGGAUAUAUUGGAAUUCUUUUGCUGAAUGUGUUAAGGAUGAACAAUUUUAACAACCUAAAGCUUUUCAUGCUAGGCAUCUUUCAAAAACAUAAUGUAAUGCCUGUGUGAGUGUGCAUGGGCCCCAGCACACACAUGGAGGUCAGAGGGCAACUUCAGGAGUGUGCCCCCAACCCCACGCCCAUCUUGGGUCCUGGGUUGUCAGGGUAGGCAGCAAGCAGUGGCACCUUGUUGUUCCACUUUUCUGUCCCUUAUAGUCUUAGUAUAAGACUAUAAGUAUGGGCAGUCCCCAUCACUUGCAAAGAACUGAGCUUAUUUAUGAAUAGAACAAUAUGGAACAUGUAUUUAUUUAUUGAAGCUGUAAGCCUUCACUGAUAUUUAUUGCUCAUCCUGGCGCUCGCUUCAAGGUGAGGCAGGGCAGUUGUAGAGCUUUUCUGACUGAACCAUAAGCGGGGUCAACUAAGAGAGCAGCCGCUUGCUGAAAGACGCAGUACAGCAGCACGGGAGCCGACUUCAGAGCAGGCAGACCGGGAGGAAAGGGCAGUCAGCAAACGCUGCGGCUUUAACAGGACUGGCAUUGGCUCCUGUACACACUGUAACUGAAUCUCUGCUGUCUGAGAUGUUUAUCCAUUUGUUUAAUUUUACAUUUCAAUAAAAGCAGUUGUCACUGGCUGUCUGAUUAUAGAUACCUA